AUGGCAGAAUUAUUGACACCGAAAAUUGUUAUUAUUGGCGCGGGACCAACCGGCCUGGGGGCAGCGGUUCGUCUCACAGAGCUCGGCUACAAGAACUGGCAUCUGUACGAGUGUAACGACACCCCAGGUGGCUUGUCGCGCAGCUUUUUGGACGAAAAUGGGUUUACGUGGGACUUGGGGGGACAUGUUAUAUUUUCGCAUUAUCAAUACUUUGAUGAUGUGAUGGAUUGGGCAGUGCAGGGUUGGAACGUGCUGCAGCGAGAAUCGUGGGUUUGGGUGCGGGGGCGGUGGGUGCCAUACCCGUUUCAAAAUAAUAUUCAUCGUUUGCCGGAACAGGAUAGAAAACGCUGCCUUGAUGAGUUGGUUAGGUCACAUGCGAGAACAUACACAGAACCACCAAAUAACUUUGAAGAAUCUUUUACAAGGCAGUUCGGGGAAGGGAUUGCAGAUAUUUUUAUGAGGCCGUACAAUUUUAAGGUGUGGGCUGUACCGCCUUGUCUCAUGAGUACGGAGUGGGUUGAGGAACGCGUUGCCCCUGUUGAUUUGGAACGUAUCCGCCGGAAUAUUCAAGAGAACCGUGACGAUUUGGGAUGGGGACCCAAUGCGACGUUUCGUUUUCCUCAACGCGGAGGCACUGGAAUUAUCUACCAAGCUAUUAAAGAAAAGCUUCCGUCGGAAAAAUUGACGUUCAACUCAGGGUUUCAAGCGAUAGCAAUUGAUGCAGAUGCUAAGACGAUUACUUUUUCAAAUGGGGAGGUCGUGAGUUAUGAUUACCUUAUUUCUACCGUGCCCUUUGACAACCUUUUGCGCAUGACUAAAGGUACCGGCUUCAAAGGCUAUGACGAGUGGCCGGCUAUUGCAGACAAAAUGGUUUAUAGCUCAACAAAUGUCAUUGGUAUUGGUGUGAAAGGUACUCCACCGCCACAUCUGAAAACGGCUUGCUGGCUUUAUUUUCCCGAGGAUACAUCGCCGUUUUACCGUGCGACGGUUUUUUCCAACUAUUCGAAGUAUAACGUCCCAGAAGGUCAUUGGAGCCUAAUGCUUGAAGUGAGCGAGAGUAAAUACAAGCCUGUAAACCACAGUACUCUCAUAGAAGAUUGUAUUGUUGGCUGCUUGGCAUCCAAUUUACUCCUUCCCGAGGAUUUGCUUGUGAGCAAAUGGCACUAUCGAAUCGAGAAAGGGUAUCCCACACCAUUUAUUGGAAGAAAUAAUCUACUUGAAAAGGCGCAACCGGAGCUGAUGUCUCGUUGUAUUUACUCCCGUGGACGCUUUGGGGCCUGGCGUUACGAGGUUGGCAACCAAGACCAUUCUUUCAUGCAGGGAGUUGAGGCCAUCGAUCACGUGCUUGGUCUUGCUACGGAAGAGACGACAGUCGCGAACCCAGGAAGAGUAAAUGGUACUCGUGCUACCACUCACUUCGGACUACUGCAGAAGGAUAUGUAA